AUGGCACUGUCCCUCAGCUCAAGGACUCACCGAGAGGGCCUCGGAAACAACGGACGCCGGAGCCGCCUGCGCAGGCGCAGCGAUGUGCAAGAGGCCCCGCUCGGCGCGGGCCGUGCCCUGCGAACCCUCGCAUUCGAAGUGAUCCGGUUCAUGGAGGGUGAGGAGGAGGACAUGGGCUCCCCAUCUGCCAAGACCCAGACCGAGGCCCCGGCGGCAAAUACCACCUGCUGGGACAAUCUCGACCCCCGGUUGCUGCCUGUGGUCCUCACUGAGUCCCUGCUCUGCAGCGCAAUCUGCUGGUUCUUCCUGCAAUGCCCGUUGUUGAGUGAGAAUGGCGUGGGCCCUCUCCACGUUCUGCGUGCUGGAGCGGCCAAGCCAUUUGUGCUGGCGUUCUGUCUCAUGGCCUUCGCCAGCCAAGUGGACCCUGGCAUAGUUCCGGAAGGGCAUCCGGACCGAGCCAUCGAGCGGUCCUACAAAUCGUCACAGUUCCCGCGCCGCAUACGCAGAUACGAUCAUUUCCGCAGAUGGCUACUCAAUGGCAUCGGUUUAUACAACCAGCGAGUUUUUCAGGCUGCUCAUGGUGUUCACUGUGAUGGUGGCGGGAAGUUGCUUGGCUAG